AUGUCUACUCGCCAACUUAAUAGACGUAUACAAUUCUUUGGUGCUGAAGGACAACCAUACUGCACUGGCUUGGUUAAUCUGCUCAAGCAGUCAGAUGCUGUAGUCUACGUCCACGGCCAUCUUGCCAAACGGACUCCUCUGCCCCCAAAUAUCCAAGACAUCAGGAUUUCAUUUGUUGGGGGAAAAGAUGUGGCAUCAAAGACAGUACAUGCAGGGGAAGACGUCGUGAGCACUGAGAUGGAAAGACUUCUCACGGAUGGGUUCAAUGAAGUCAGGAGUGGACUUGGGACGCUCUCAGCCGAGGAUGAACAUCGAGGAAGACUACUUCUGUUGAGAGGGAAGGACCAGGAGGUACCUGAGAAGCAGACAAGAGGAUGGGAUACCAUUGCUCGAGGCACUGAGCGUGCAAUGGAGAAGUUAUGCUUUUCUAGCAAUCCAGCGGCACGCGAGUGA